AUGGGACUUUUCAAAAGGAUAAUCGGACUUCUAGGGUUAUCUAAGGACGAUGACAACGAUCACAAUUCCAAGGAUGAUAACCACGAUCAACCCUCCGGUCAACCUCUUCCGACGAACUUUCGCGUCAGAGAUGCCGGUAUUCCUCGUAGAGGCUUCAGCGUCCCUGUUCAGGUUGUUCAAGAUCGUCCUCAACUUGGUCCCAUUCUCACACCUUCCGUCUCCGGCGACGGCGGAGUUCAGGGUCUGGGUUGGUAUGCAAAGCAGCUUAGGAUAGACGAAGAUGGAGAUAUAGCAAAUAAAUUCCUUGACGAGGUUUCAUUAGAGACUCCUGCAUUUGCCGCAGAUCAUCAUAAAGCAACGGCAAGGUUUAAACUGAAGCAUGACACUAGGCCAGUUAAAGUGAAGAAACAGGUCCUGUCAUCAGAUGGGAAAUUUCAGCAGUAUGUGGAACACCAGGGAAGGUUGCAGUGGGUAUAA